GGCCGCCCCCCCCUGCCCGGCUGCCCCCCCCGGGCCCCGCAGAGCCGCUCCGGAGGAGAGAGAGAGAAAAAACGCCCGGACUGCUCCAGCCUCCGAAAUGACUCAGUAACUUUUACGCCUCGAGUCUCAGCCCUGCAAUUAGGCACUUUCCCAGCACGGCUCGGGAUGUAUUCGUCUCCUCUCUGCCUGACCCAGGAUGAGUUCCACCCCUUCAUCGAGGCGCUGCUCCCCCACGUCAGGGCCUUUGCCUACACGUGGUUCAACCUGCAGGCCCGCAAGCGCAAGUACUUCAAGAAGCACGAGAAGAGGAUGACGAAGGAUGAGGAGAGGGCGGUGAAGGACGAGCUGCUGAGCGAGAAGCCGGAGGUGAAGCAGAAAUGGGCCUCGCGCCUCCUGGCCAAGCUGCGCAAGGACAUCCGGCCCGAGUGCCGCGAGGACUUCGUGCUCUCCAUCACGGGCAAGAAGCCCUCGUGCUGCCUCUCCAACCCCGACCAGAAGGGCAAGAUGCGUCGCAUCGACUGCCUGCGCCAGGCCGACAAGGUGUGGCGGCUGGACCUGGUCAUGGUCAUCCUCUUCAAAGGGAUCCCGCUGGAGAGCACCGAUGGCGAGCGCCUGGUCAAGUCUGGCCAGUGCACCAACCCCAUCCUCUGCGUCCAGCCCCACCACAUCAGCGUCUCUGUCAAGGAGCUCGACCUCUACCUGGCGUAUUUCGUCCGUGAGAGAGAUGCAGAGCAGAGCAGCAGCCCCCGGACAGGCAUCGGCUCGGACCAGGAGGACAGCAAACCCAUCAGCUGGCGCUCUCUCUUCUCUUGCACAGAUUCCACAGACUUCCAGGAAAGCUUCGUCACCUCAGGGGUGUUCAGUGUCACCGAGCUCAUCCAGGUGUCCGAAGUGACGCCGGUGGUGACGGGCACGGGGCCAAACUUCUCCCUGGGGGAGCUGCAGGGCCACCUGGCCUACGACCUGAAACCCUCCAGCACCGGCAUGAGGAGGACUGCCAGCACCUCCUCCACCGAUUCACUGCCGAUCCCCGGCAGGAUGCAGAGGGUGGAUCCCUCCGUGUCUGGCGCACAAGGCCCUGAGUCAGCAGGUAUCGAGCGCAGGGUCUCAGGCGGCUUCCCCAGGGCAGCCAGAGCCGGGCCAUUGCCCGGGCAGCGGGGGCCGGAGGCCACGAGUGAUGGGCGCCCUGCGGCCCGGCCGGGGCUCGCCCGUGGGCGAGCACUAGAUGGCAGCAGAAGAGCGCGCUCGGGCACCGGCACCGGCACGGCAACGGGAACGGGCACAGGAGCGGGAACGGGCACGGGAGCGGGCACCGGGACCGACACGGGCAGCGGCAUCGACACGGGCACGGGCAGGGGAAGGGGCACCGACACCGACACCGACAGGAACAGCCCCAACCCUGCCCUGGCAGCCCCAGGGAAGGGCCCUUCUCCCCCAGAGCUGGGGUUGGUACCCCGUUCUCGUCCCCCGUCAGCUCCGCUGGGAGCCCCGGGCACUCCUGGGGUCCAGCCAUGCCCCGCUGGCACGGCAGCGUUUCGGAGUUGCCUGCUUGGCACAGGUACAGUGCCGAGCGCCGCCUCCGCACCGUCUGCCAAACACCCACCGGCCCAGGCGCAGCCGGAGAUGCUGGCGGCUCCCUCGGGAGUGGGAGAGGAGCUGGUUGGAUCCACGCUGCCUGUCCCUGGGCACGGCAGGGUGCCGGGUGCCACGGGCCGCGCCGUGGGCAAUAAACCCGUCACCGGUGCAAGACCAAAGCGUUACGUGCAGGGCCAGACUCGGUGUCGGCACCGCCGCGGCAGGGUCAGGCUGUGCUCCUUGGCGCAGGUGCUGAGCACGCCGGGGCUGGGCCGGGCUCUGCCGCUGGCGUGCGCGGGCUAG